GCAGAAGUGUCUCUAGACUUCUCUUCACUUCUUGUUAAAACACCAACCACCGACAUGUCCCAAAAGAGCAUACUCGGCUUGUGGUUAUCAAUUGUUCUCUUAACAGCUGAAAGUCAAGGCCGCUUUGCCCUGCAGCUGUGCUGAGAAGAAUGAGGAGGCAUCUUCUGUUCCAGAGGGUUUCUGGUUGGUUUGGGUGAUGGACAUGUGGAUGAUGGGCAAGGACCUGAACUUUCUUUUGGGAACUUCUGGAAUAGAAGAACUAAAUGGCAUUCUGGGGGAGUCUGUCACAUUCCAAGUGAAGCCCUCAACACCAAUUGAAACAAUUUCCUGGAAUAAAAUUAUCAGCAGCAGCAAUGCUAGAAAUAUUACUUUGAUGAACUUGGAUAAGGCCUUUCGUCUGCCGGUUUUUGUACAUUUGAUGGACUCUAAUCUGAAAGUGACCUGCACUCCUGGGGGGACUGGAAACAGAACCUGGCAGCUGAAUUGCUCUACAGGGACCUGGGAAGACAGAACGAACAUCAGAUGGACUUCAUCUGCCCAGAGCACAGGUCCUACCCCUGGGAGUUCUGUGAUCCAGUUUGUCUCCCUUGACCUCAAUGCAACAUGCACAGCAGAAAACCCUGCUAGCCAGGCAUCCAGGACGGUCUCCUUAAAGCAAGUUUGUGCAGUACGUUUGGUGGACUCUGAUCUGAAAGUGACCUGCACUCCUGAGGGGACUGGAAACAGAACCUGGCAGCUGAAUUGCUCUACAGGGACCUGGGAAGACAGAGCAAACAUCAGAUGGACUUCAUCUGCCCAGAGCACAGGUCCUACCCCUGGGAGUUCUGUGAUCCAGUUUGUCUCCCUUGACCUCAAUGCAACAUGCACAGCAGAAAACCCUGCUAGCCAGGCAUCCAGGACGGUCUCCUUAAAGCAAGUUUGUGCAGAGGAGAGACCUGGGACGGAAGCCCCCCAAGUGAACGGUCAGACCAAGAACUUCUACAGGCUGCCUCUCUGGGCCCUGCUGUGUCUUAGCAAAGUAGGAAGUCUUCUCCUUCUUGGCUGUUUGGGACUCAUUCUGGUGAUGAAAACCAAGAAAGCAGUUGGAGGAGAGAGGCUUCGAGUCCGAUACCUGCCAGAGGAACCCAUCACCACCACCCAAGGUCAGGGCCCACAGCUGUCCCAGACCCACAUUGGCUGAAACUGAUGGACUCCAGAAAUGAAUCUCCCUCCCGCCCUUCACUUCAGAUGCCCAUGGACUUCCUCUUGGCUUUCAAGACAAAUCUUUGGAACAAGGGAGCUUCUGUAGUCCAUCCAACAAGUUCUAUUCCCAUUUUGCCUAGUGUGAGGGGCACAAAGCAUGUUGUUUCCCUAUGGCCACCCCAUUGCCUCUCCUGCCUCCCCUUAAAAGCUGUGCCUGUGAGAGGGAUCUUGGAGUCUUAUGAACAAUCAGCUAAAUAUGAGCCAGCAAUGUGUGAUGGCAACCAAAAAAGCCAACGCAAUCCUAAACUGCGUUAACAGAGGGAUACAAUCAAGACCAAGGGAGGUACUACUACCACUCUAUAAAGCCUUAGUAAGACCACACCUAGAGUACUGCAUCCAGUUUUGGUCACCACACUAUAAAAAAAAUGAUGAGAGUCUUGAAAGAGUGCAGAGAAGAGCAACCAGGAUGAUUGGGGGACUGGAAGCUAAAACAUAUGAUGAAUGGUUGCAGGAACUGGGCCUCGCUGGUCUAGUGAAGAGAAGGACCAGGGGCGACAUGAUAGAAUCUUCCAAUAUUUGAGGGGCUGCCACAUUACAAAAAAGAUGCUGAGACUUUAGAAAAAAGGCAACUUUUGACUCCUCUUUCAAACCAGCAGUCCUUUCUGUCCAAACUGUGGACUUUGCUGUCUUCCAAAGAGUGGCCUUUGUCUUUUAAAUGUAGGUGGACUGCUGAAUCUAGUCCUGAUGUGUUUUUUCUCCUCUGUUGUGCCAUGUGUUUAUGAAGUGGUUGUUUUGUUUCCCCAAUGUACGGAUCUGCACAUGGCUCACUGCAUUAUACUGCAUAUACCACGUUGCUCAGUUUUUGUCUGGGUGUUUUAUCUUUGGGGCAGACAAACUUCUGCCUUAGUGUAUUCUUGGGUUUGAAGUUGGCUGAAGGUCCUCCUGAGCUUUUCCGAUAUGCCUGCAAUUUAUGGAAUGACAAUGUUGCUUCCUUUAUUGUUCUCUUGUCUGUUAUGGAGGAGCUCAUGUAAGGUCUUUUUUGAGAUUUGAUGAAGGCCCACUUGGGAUAGCCACACUUUCUGAGGGCUUCCUUGAUGUGUUUUCGUUCUUUUUCGUUCCCAUCUUUGCUGGUAGGCAGGCCUUCGGCUCCGUGGUGUAGGUUUCUGAAGCAACGAGGUAUAUGCAGUACAAGGCAGCAAGCCAUGUGCGGGAAUUUCAGAUCCAGCCUUGUUUUUCUUGCUAUCACUAUCUCCCAAUAAAAGUUCCU